AUGCCCAAUGUUAGUCUCACUGCUGCCCAAUUAUCUUAUCUCAUUCAUGCUGUGAACGCCAGCUUGGGUCAAGAACCCAUAGAACCUGCCGAUGCGAUUCUGGAGCUCCCCAGCAUUCUCUUGGCAGCCAUGUCAAUUUCCUCACAGGCAACUCUAUCUUAUUCAGAAACCCCAGUCAGCAAUGGUCCAGCCAUUUUCAGUGCAAGACCUUCCAGGAAUAUCAAGGGAUUUGAUGAAGAUGACAACAACUCUACCCUCUUUUCAUCUUGCUCUCAGCUGCCUGCACCAACCAUCUCUCCAUCUCUGUUACUCUUUGAGAAUAAUGAAAUCUUUGCUGCCCCUCAUGAGGACUUCCCAGACAGUGCAGAUGAUCAGCAUGCCAGACAGCUGAACGAAGCACAGAUGGAAGAAGACCCUUUUGGCCUGUCCCUCCUAUGCACAGCAUACAUGGCAGCAGGUCUGGAUUUUGAAUCAUUACUCACUGUUGCUGGCCAAGGUGCCCCUUUCCAACUCAAGCUUCCUCAGGUUGAUGAGCUGCCAGAGAAUAUUGGACAGGGACCUUCUCUAGGCAAGAAACAAGUGACUGUGGAUCAAAUUAUCCAGCAGAAUGACCUGAAUAUGAGCCAGACCAGUUUCAAACACUGGCUCAAGCUUGGCCAUACCUAUGUGCGUCUUGCUGGGGCUGGAACUAUCUACUUUCUUAUAUUGAUUGCAACAGUUGGGUUGAAGAAAAGUUUCAAUGAUAUGCAUGUUACAACCAUGGACAAGCUCACAAACAUGAUUCUCAAUCCAAUGCUGGAUUCGCCCAUUGGCUGUCUCAUAAUCUUUGUUCUCAUUCCAGCCAUCCAGAAACUUCAACUGUGCUGGCUGAUUGGUAGCUCAUCCAUGUUCAAUCGGGAGCUGUUACAGGAGCUGAAGCUGUCGUCAUAUAAAGACUCCAUGUUCUACUCACAGGAUGUGGGAAAAUGGGCUUGCUGUCUCCAAUCAGCUCCUCCUUCAGAGAAUCUUUUCUCACUUACUGACCUUGCUUACUUGGUUAUGUACAAACCCUUUCAGCCUGAAGAGCGUCCUCCUUCACCCUGUACUGAUAUUGAAGAGGAUGAGGAAGAUGAUGAUGUUCUGAAGCACCCUCAGAUCAAUGAACUCAGGCAUAGCCUUAACUUCUCUGUCAAGGAUGACUUGAAGGAUCUUUACAUUAUCAACACCUUGUUUGAUCCAGAUCUGGCAGCCAACCACAAGUUUCACGGUUCUAGAAAGGAUUGCAUGGCCAGUUAUGACUUUACAGAAGAGCAAAGAUGUCAAGCGGGAAAUAGGCCUUGGGUGACAGGUCUGGAGGAUUUGGUGGCACAGCUUACAAGUCUUCUGUCUGAUGGACACAAGGCUGACAUUGAUUCCUUCAUUUCUUUUGAUCCUGCUCUGCUUGGAGAGUGA